UCAGUACGUUCCGACGCCGCUGUGGGUCGAACCUCUUUCCGGCCUCUUCAUAUAUAUUUACCUACACGCUCGUUUCAAAAGUUUCGGCAGCUUUCACCAAUGCUUUUUUGGAUAUUUUGCGCACACAAGAAGUUGUAAAAUUAUUCAUCAAAUUAUAAUUAGUUUAGUUUAAUUUUGAAAUAUUAUAUUUGGCAGAAAAUAAUAUAUGGGCGGUGUUUUGGAAUAAAUAAUUGUGAUUCAGUAACGGUGAACUGAGCAAAACUGUGUCAGAUUACGAUUAGUUAAAAACGAGUGAAGGGUUCGGUAGUGACGACAUUAUAACACACUCAACAAGUUGAUCUUGCGUCUUUGGACUUGUUGACACCGAUACAAGAAAACUUGUACAACAAAAAACAAAGAGGAAAUAAUUGUUAAAUAUGACAAUGGAGAUCCAUUAUGAUGAAAAUGGUACUCCGUAUGUAGACUGGGGAGGAAACACAAUAAGAUUGGAGAAAGAACCUAUUACUGAAAAGGUUCUUAUAGAAAAGGCAGAAAAAGAACUGAGAGAGACACCAGAAAUUCGAGAGCAGGCGCUGCGGGAACUAAGGGAAUUAUUAAAAGCCGAGAAGUCAUUGAUCAUACCGAGUGAAAAAGAUGAUUUUCUUUUAAAAUUUCUCCGGCCGUGUAAGUUUUAUGCGACGAGUGCUUUAAAAAGGAUACAAGCCUACUACAAAUUUCGAAGAAGUCAUUCGGAUUACUGCCGCGACCUGAUGCCAUCUACCAUCCGCUCGGCUUUCAACCACAACAUCGUGUCCAUUCUGGCUCCUCGGGACCAGCACGGUCGCCGUAUUAUGUUCGUUGAGUCUGGUGCACUUUGGAACCCGCGCGAUGUGCCCUUGUCUGAAGUAUUCCGUGGCGUGCAGCUAGGUUUGGAAUCCGCUAUGGUGGAACCACGAACGCAAGUUUGCGGAGUCAUCACCAUCAUCGAUAUGAAGGGUCUUUCCUUCUCGCAAGUGUUGCAGUUUACUCCUUCUUUUGCUAAGAUGGUCGUCGAUUGGAUACAGGAUUGCAUACCAAUUCGUUUGAAAGCCGUCCAUAUAGUGAACCAGCCGUACAUCUUCAACAUGCUGUUUGCGGUGUUCAAGCCUUUUCUGCGAGAGAAACUGCGCUCGCGCAUAUUUUUCCACGGCAACAGUCCGAAUUUGCUGAAUCACGUCGACGCUAUAGCGCUGAGAAAAAGACAUGGAGGGCUUUUGCCUGAACCCGAAAUAUCAGGCGACGUUCUGUGGAAAAUGCUUUAUCAUUAUGAGGAAGAUUUCAAAUUGGCGAAUUCGUAUGGCUUUGCCGACAACAAUAACAAGUGACUAUCUAAUAGAGGUAAAAAAAAUGACUUUCGAAACGUUACCUUAUAAAUAUCAGUGUUUUUAAAACUGUCAUAGUUUCUGAUUCGUAUAUAAAUACUCACUUGGUGAUA